AGUGCCUUUUCAUCUACAAUUGGUCCUUGUGGUGCAACAUUUCGUGCAUACUACAUGAUACAGUUUCUGAUGUUGUAGAUUCAUUGAGUUUGUUUUUCAUGAUUGACUCAGAUAGGAAAUAAGAUGAAGAUUGAAGAUGACCUUGUUCUUCAUGAUCGAUACCCAGGUUCACACGCCACAAAUGCGCUCAGUUGGCUAUAUCCCUAUGGUUUAGACAUCACACUUAUAGUCAGCUUCUAACACUACAAGCAUAACGGCUACGAAAUCAUCUUCUAGAAGUCGUUAUUAAUCUUCAACUACUCACGAACGAUGAGUGUUCAUUAGUUGCGUCUUGUAAUGUAAGAUCAAUGUCCGAUAGUCUUGGACGUUCUCCGGCGCGGAUCUAAACGCAGGGUAGUGAAAUGAAUACAAUCUACAAUCUAGUGGCCCCUUCAUCAUCAUUAUAUAUAGGAUCUUACUUCAAGGAGCUCGAGACUCAUCCACAAAUAAGUUUAAUCUUUUUCGUCUAUGAUGUACGAUCGAGCGACAGCGAAUACGACAACGACAUCAUUUUCAGUAGGAUCAUUAGUUCUAUGCCCAUUUUUGCCUGAUGAUCUAUGAUUGUUUCCGCGACACUUCGACUCAAGAACGAUAACUUGGUACAGUCACACUAGUCGUAAGGCUACAGCUUGAUGUAGACGAUGAACUAGUUGAUGCUUGUGGCAACCUCUUCCAUAUCACGAUAACAGAAAAAGAUAGUAUCAUACUGACUAAUGGUCCUGCUCGUCGGGUGCUGCUGCCGUUUUACUUCUGAGGUGUGACUACAUACUGUUAGGAGCUGCUUUCAUCAUCGUCGCGGCCGGAGACUUUGAUCGGCCUGUAGUGGCUCACAAAAAUGUUUGGUCGACAAGGAGGUGAUCGAAGGAGAAAUCACAGCGCGAUGGAAGAUAGGCGUACUUCUUUUUUACCAUUUUUAUUAAUGGCUAUUUAUUUUAUCUCGACGAGGGAUAUAGACCCAGGUCCCCCAAAAAAAAAGGGAAGCCGGUGUCGCCCAAUGAAUGAAUGAAGAAUGAAUGAAUGAAUAUUGUAAUUUUUAGUCUCAUGAGUAAGCACUUCUUGUUUUUGAUUUUGGUCAGUCCAGGUUCAAUAGAUUCUCCCAAUGACAUCAAGACAUGUAAAUUUUCUUUUUCAUUCUAUCUACUAGCUGGAGCCGGUGGUGGGAAUCGCCGUGGUGGUCCGCUGCGAACGAGGAAAGAACGAGAACCGUCCCGCAAACGCACACGAGAUGGAGACAGACGGCGCGGCGACUCUCGUGGCAGGGAUAACAAACGAAGGCGCGGCUCCUCACGACGCGGAAGUCCUCGGAGGAAGUUACGGAAAUGAUGACUUUAACGCGCAUAAAUUUUCAUUUGUAUAAUCUUAUGUGCCACUUCUCGAUCCAGAUCCAACAUGCCAAUCAUCAUAGUGCGAGUAGCGACACGAAUGUACUGGUGCGUGGAUGAUCAUCUUGCGUAGUAUUUAAUGAGUAACAUGCUAGGUUUAGGCACAUCUAGGCAUUCUUCUAAUGAAUGACCAUGGUGGGGGUCGCGGUCGUAGAGGCGGCGGAGGACCAGGCACGACGUAUACCGGAGGCGAUGUGGGACGUGGUGGAGGAUACAACUCUAGGAUGCGACCAGGAGGUCACGGUAGAAGAGACAACCACAGAGGAGGUGGCAAGGGCGGAGGGCACAGACGCGUAGGCGGUCGCUGGCGGGAACGCUCGCCGCAGCGGUUUCGUGAAGGGGAAACAGACCUGCAAAACCGUGCUCGCUUGUUAAGGCUCACAAUCAAUCAUCUUGACAGAACAUGAUCGCUUCCCUCGUCUCUCUUUAUUCUGUAGUUUCCUCCUGAGAAGAAGAAACUGAAGAGUAGACGAACUUGAUGGGGUGUAUAUAAUUAUGAAAUAGUGCAACUACCACCUCUAGAUCACUAUGUAGUACAAUCUUCAUCAUCAUGGUGUUUGUGAGCUCGUCUAAGUCUGCAUGCAGCGCCACAAAUUCACAUGUUGCCUUCACGCUCACAGCUGGACUCUUCGAGGAUGCGAGGACAACACCAAGACUCGGGGCCACAUAGUAUGGCUGGCGCCAACUCGAUCGCGCAUCCUGCAGAGCAUGCCAGAUCGGCAGACUCAAGGGCCCCAAGACCUCCUGCUGAGACAAACAGCACCACCAAAAGUACCACUAGAUUUGAUGAGUCGAUAGAAGUGGAAACUUGAUCUUUAUUGAGAUCGGGCUAGAGGCUUCACAGAACAUUGAUUUGCAACAUAACCGUAGAAAAUCAAGAAUCUCGAAAAAGCUCUAGACAACAUCUUCUAAAAGAGGACUUCUUCUAUCACAUUCUUUCAGCCGGUUGCGCAGCACACAACUCAGAACGCGACAGUCACGAGGAGAGUGAGUCAAAAGGCUCGGGAUCGGACAGGGUGGUGCACUUUGACUACGAGAGGGAGCGCUUUCUAGGUACAAAUUUUAUCUAGGUCUUGUGCCAUACAUGAUAUACCACAAGUCGGGGGCUGCUAUUGACAAACUAACUUCGUGCCUUUUCAUAUACUAACUGACGCUAACUAUGACUUUUAGGAUCAUCAUCAUGCACUAGCUUUUUUUCUAGUAAGCAGUUUCUACAACAACAGCUGUAACAGCUUCAACCUGGUAGAAUCAUGAAUCUUCCAAAUCUUUUCCUUCAGGUGAGGAUCAGGCUUGGCGUGUUGACAAAUAUCUUGGUGAGGGAACUUUUGGGCGUGUCAUUCAGUGCACCUACGAAGGACCGCGGGACAGAAUGCGGAACAGUCCACAGCGCGCUCGUUCGCGAGAUGUUGCCGCGCUUCUUGGAAACAGUUCAAUCACCAGCUUCAAACCGCUAACGGACGACCCUAGUUAAGGCUACAGCCUACAAACCUAGUUUCUCAGAAACACCUAGAGCAAGUACUACGUAGACCUCCAACGUUUUUUUUUGUACGGGCUACAUGCUAAGCACAGGAUGUUGAAGUUAAACAUAUAUCAAAGUACCUCCAGCGGUUGCGGUAAGCGGUUCAGCCGCACUUAUUGGCUUCUAAGAUGAGGACCUUCUCCAUAGAAGACAAGACGAUGCCGGCGCAGGAGUAUACACGCAAGUGGGUAAAUCCUACGCGGUCAAGGUAAUCAGGAACACAAAAAGGUACACGGAGGACGCGCUAAUGGAGGCAGAUAUUCUCGGGAAGAUACAAAAAGAGGGUGCCCCCUUCUCCCAAAAAGGUACAGCGCCAGACGCUUGAUAUAAUUAAAUUUUUGAUGAGCUGCUGAAGCAGGUCAGAUUAGUCACAGUCAGUUUUUUAGGAUGAACUAAAGACAAAACUCCUCUUAAUAAACAUAAAAACGUCACGAAUUACAGGACGGAGCCGUAUUGUCAGCGUAUUCGACUGUUUUUUCCAUAUAACACGCGCUGGGGAAAGGCACUACUGCAUAGCGUUUGAGGUGCUUGGGAGAAGUCUGUACUCAUAACUUUUUUGCCUUCGUAAUCUUACUUUUACUCCUGCGUCUACAAGUACUAGAAGUAGACGCAGAUCAGACUCAUCUUGUUGCUUGCGCGUUUCUGUUGAGGUUGACCUGCAUGACCAUUAAGCCUAUCGAUAUCUUUUGGUGGGCUCUCUUUCUGUUGCUUUUAAUCUCCACAAGUAUGAGUAGAAUUUUUGUGUCAACAUACCACGGCCUCUGAAACAAUAAAGGUUCGAAGUGCUGAAAUCGAAUGAAUUUCGCGGUUUCUAUAUGUCCGAUCUUCAGCUCAUGGCACAUGACGCAUGGAACGCGCUUGCCUUUCUCAAGGUAUCUGUUAAUAGCACUUUCACUUUGAGAAUUUCUCUCUACGGUAAUCAGGAAAUAAGUUGACGACAGGAACGCGUGCAUGCAUGCUGCCGCUGCCUCCCUGAGGACAUCAGCAUUGACGUGCUUGAGACCUUACUGAUACCUUGUUUCCUGACUUGCUAUCGUUUGACAACUCCUCUUGGUACUUUAACUGGUGCUAGCAGUACUAGUAUCCUCAUACAGAUACAAAUGAUAGAAAACAGAUUUGUUGGAUGUAGUGUUAAAACUACAAGUUAACACCAACACUUUAUGGUCAUCUUCAUCUUCAGACCAUUGAUUUGGCACAUACGGAUUUGAAGCCGGAGAACAUUCUUUUGGAGUUUGCGGAGAUGGAGGAGACUCCGCCUCCGCCUAGAGUGAGGCGAAAACCUGGCGAAAAGCCGUAUCUGCGUCCGCGCUGGCCUCGAGUCAAGAUGAUAGAUAUGGGCGGAGCCACUUUCGCCACGCAAUACCACUCCAAAAUCAUAUCCACAAGGCAAUAUAGGUAUUUUUUAGAAUUUCAUUUUCAGUAUCAUGUCAUAGUCAUUCGCAUUCACAUUCUCAUAGUCAUAGACAUCACGGUAGUAGCAUACGAGUAGAAGAUGUUGUAAUGAUGACCUUCUAUCAUGUAGUAACUGACUUCAAGGGGUGGAAACGGAAUCUACCACUUUCAGUUUGUUGGACUUCCGAAAUAAUGGAGCAAAAUGAUCUUAGAUUUAUCGAUGAAUCCGAAUAUUGUUUUCUAUUCUUUUCCAACAACGGCCUUGCGGCUGGUUCUUGUGCAAGGGCUAGCGCACUUCAUGAUGAUUUAUUGACCUUCGCAACAAUUGAAUAGGUCAUCGGAAGUGUUGGUCGGCGCUGAAUGGAACGAGAGGACAGACGUUUUCAGCCUUGGGGCCAUUCUAAUGGAACUUUUUUUACGGCGCUAGUUUCUGUUUCAACAACGAGUAAUUCUCUCUGUCUCUUUGUGUACCUCUAGAAGGAGAAUAAUAAAAUGAGGAUGUGAUGAAAUAGGAAUUAUGCCAAGAACGUUCGUUGAUGUAGCGUCGGAGUCGUAGCUUCAUCGUCUAAAUUGCCUCGGCGAUUUGCUGUUGACAGCGCAUGACGAUGGGAGGCAAAUCGCGCAGAUCGAAAAAGUAAUCGGCUGGUGGCCAGACACUCUGAUUGAACGCGGCGACCCAGACGUAGUCGACAAAUUUUUCGAUAGGAUUCCCAUAGAUGAAGACGACGACGACUACGACGAAGAAGCCCUCGUCGACGAAAUUGUCGAAAAGGAAGAUGACGAACGCGCAAUGCUGGACGAUGGACCUGAACAUGCGGGAUACUUAGGGUUCAAGAUGUUGAUCUAAUUUUAUCACUCCACAACUACUAGUACUGACUUGCUGAUGUGCGCCAAGGAUGAAGACAGCCAUAAAUUUUAGAAAGACCAUUUUUCUGAUCGUGGUCUGCUCUACAUAACGACUUGAAGAUGUAUUUGUAAUAGCACCCACGAGAAUAAAAACAACAUCAGCGAAGAUCAUUAGAUGCGAGAAGUUUCGUUCUUUUUACAUCACCUAUUCGAUACAACAUGCAUGAUUCCGCUGCAACUACUCGCCCCACAAUUACUUACACGGUAUCUAUAAUUGAACAGAAAGAGACUACUUAACUUGAUACUAAGGUAGUAGUAGAUAGAAGAAGCUCGAGCUCGACGUCGUAGUUUCAGAUCAACCAUUUCUAAGCAUAGAUCCCGUAAGUGCUGGCUACACGCUUGGGGAGAACAUGAGACAGAUCAAAAGGCGGUCUGCUUCGGAAGACCGUGACGUACCGAAGGGGUCGACGAACCUCCAUGGCGAAGGUCCACCGAAUAAGAUGUUGAAAAGAAUCGAUCGCGCAACGACCUCGGCGGCCCUGGUUCGCGACGAGGCAAGACCACACGAAGGCGGAGGCGCUAAAUCAAGCAGCGAGCUCUCUUCCUCGAAAGACCCGCCCUCGUCAUCGUUACGGAUGCUGUCAACUCCUUACCUUCAUUCUUAUCUGACUUAUUUAUUUUUAUUAUGUUGUUUGCUAAUUGUAAUUGCAGCAGGGGAGACUAGAUUCUAACUAAACACCGUCUAUUCCUUUUAUCAUUAUCAUGUUGUUCGCUACUGGUUCUCUUGGUAAUGGUGAGUGAAUAUUCUCACCGGUGUUAGACUUCAUGUAAUAUAAUGAGUUCGGAGAUCUGACAACUUCGAAGUGGUCAACUCUAUUUAACUUUGUCUAUCUUAUCAGUUUAUACCAUGUUAGUUUAUUGUUCAAGUGCAUCACACCGCGCCAGAGCCGUCGAGCCUACGUUUCAUUUGUGUUGUAGUAAAUUGUCUUUGUCAGUGUUAGCGUUUUCGCCGGCACCAGCUCCCAAAUAUUUCAAGAAACAUGAAAAAUGUACUUAAAUGAUAGAUAACUUCGAGUUGUAAGCCGCCAGCCUCCGCCAGGUCGAGAGAGGUGUUGGAGGCCAUGAUUGUAUUAAUGACCAACAAGUAAAUAAGUAAGUAAGUAUUUUAUGGGACUGUUAAUGUAGUUUGUCCUUCUUGCACUAAGAGAUGCCGAAGGAGGCGCACCAUCGGGAGCACAUAAUGCACGACGGGCCGAGAACUUCGCCCCUCCCGCAAGACGUGCUACUCUAGACGACCGAGACGAAGUAGCCGAUGAAAGUCCGACGAUAAAAGUAAAUGGUGUCGAUAGGAAAGAUGAUGAACAGAAAAGCACUGUUCUUGACGUUGAGACAACAAGGGCCCCCACGAAUACUAGUAGUACAGAACAAUUGGCUACUUCGUCCUCAUUAAAGAGCAAGGAGAGACCAAACAGCGACACAACUACAAAUGUAACUAAUAGUGAAAAUAAUCCGAAUGCUCCGAUCAAGGGUAAUAAGUCUUCAUCUCGAACACGAACAGCUUCGGCGGGUGCUGCGGGCGGAGGUGCGCAACCCUUAGUGGACAAAAAGAUCAGUCAUGAUGUUGAGCUGGACCACCCAACCAAGUCCGCCACCUCCAGGGCGUCAAAUAUUAAUCUCAAUCCUGUACAGCUGGAAGGUGAUGUCCGAGAGCUAGACACUGCUUUCUUGGUCGAAUCGCCAAACGCAGCUGCCUCAGUCAGAAGUCUAGUGAUGAACGGGUCUUCUAUUUCUUGUAAAAGAAAACUGGUACAGGAGGAGCUUAUGAAGACUAAAAAGGAGCUGAGUGAGCUAAAAGAGCAGGAUAGGAUUAGGAAUUUACCAUCGCAUGAGAAGCUAAUACCUUCAACAACAACAUCAGGAGACAUUCUGAAUAAAUCAUCUUCAACGCCCGGUCGUGACCUCUCCUGCGUACCGCAGAGCGACUCCUUAAGAGACAUCCGAGACGCGGGUCUCGAAGAAGAUUCCUACCUGAGGUGUGAGGAUGACGAGGAUGAUCCUCUUGAUGGUCAUGAUGACGUAGACGAAAACGGCGACCCACUAGCAAGACGCGCACCACGUAGAAACGACGAUCAAACGCCGACACAUCAGCAGCAGAGGGCUGGUGUAGGAGUUGGACCACGAGGAACACGAGCUUCGCCGCGUCGUCGAUCACCAAAACCCAAAAGAUAUAGAUAUGUGGCUGCGGAGGGAGACGCGCGAAGUUCCGUAUCAGCAGACGAUAGAGACGAUUCCCGGACAUUGCGUGAGCUCAUAGUGCUGAGAGCUGAAACGGAACGUGGUGCUAUUGAGAUCGACAGAAAGACUAAGGAAAUAGACGAUUCAUUAUACUGGCAAUCGUCUGCGAUCGCUGGAUUGGCACCCGCAAGCAGCAGAAGGGGUAGCAACAAAUCAAUACUUUUAAGGUUUCGGUUUUGACGACCAGCGUUAGAAUUAAGUAGAUCUAGAUGAAACAUCGUAUUAUAACACUGAAAAAUUAAUAUCUAAGCACGUUAUUCGUAAUCGUAUAAAUCUGCAUUUUACAGAUUUCCAUGAACCAAAACUGCGCAAUAACUUUUCUAGCAAGGCGGAGUUGCUCCUUGAGGAAUAGGUCGCGACCUUUUUCACAGAGCUGCUGAGAAUCAGUAUCUGCAUCAUGAAUUUUCUUCAUAGUUCAUCCAGCAUGACAUUAACUUAAUCAAGCUCAGCAGUAGUUAUGAGUAGUUGCAAUUAGUUCUAGUUGAUCUUGAUGUUACUAUUAUACAUUGUAGAAUGCCAAUGCGUUUAGUAGCUAAGUUAAUGUACCUCGUUCUAAUCAAGUUCAAUUCUGAAACGGUGAGAAAAGCCAUUAUGAGCAUGAGCGCAUUCGCCGAUGACAGGAAGGAGGAAUUUAUCGGCGAAAAGGAGGACGAAGAGGCACGUAGGCUGCGCAAGGAAUGCUUAAGAAAAAACUCCUACUCAUUAAUUUAUAUCCUCUGACAACUUGAUGUCUGUCGUUGAACUGCUGCACUUGUCGUGUCAUCGUCCACCAUGAUGUGCUAUUUCAAUGAUAUUAGCAUCUUUGAGUAAAUAGUUGAUGAUGAGGAUAAGCUCUUCCCAUACCAUAUGAAUUCAAGUCGGAUAAAGUUCAUGUUGGCCGGUGAUGAAGUGCGAGACGAUUGUAAUCAUACACAAGACCCUCGGGAGUCUUUUACUAGAUAGAUCUCCGCCUUGUGCUCCUCCCUGUCAGGUUCACCAACCAUUUGUCUUCAUAAUUGGCGUACGAAGUGGAUUGCUACGUGGAGUUCUAUAGGAUGUGCAAGCACGCGCUGACGCUAGACGAUCGGCUUCGUCCCCAGGCUGUUUCUUUCCUCGGCAUGCCCUUUGUUGGAAACUUACCGAUACAUCGGCACAGGUGAACCGCGUAGAGAUGGCCCAAGAUGCAAUCGUGUCUUUACUGGAAGGAUGGCCUUAAGGUGUGUCACUUCACGGAAUUUCCUGCUUGCCGAUGAACAAUAAUAGGGAGUAUCUUCAAGAACUCUAUCGAAGAUCGAUAGAAUCUGAAAUAGUUUUACCUUUAGUACACUUUUUUUUCAUGAUGUCUUAUUUUUAUUUCUUUCUGAUACUAAUUAUCACCCGUGGCCCUCCUAGCACGAUUCCACGUCCCCCUUUUUUGUCACCCCCUAAAUAAGAUGAUUGAACAAAAACGAAAGGAAGCGUAGAAAUUUGGCGAAGGACCAUUCAUUGUCUCAGGUCUAGCUGGCCGUGACUUGUUGUAGCUAUAGUACGCCCACGCGCGCUGGGUUCUCCACCUGGGGAGACGAACAUCGUUCGCGGUGGCAGGUAUUAGGUAUGUAAUUGCUCUUGCCUUUGCUCCUAGGUUUGACCAUUUGAGUAGAAUCGUAGGGGCAUUACCGUAGUCGUUAAGGUGGGUAAGAACUCCCCCCUAUGCCGGUCCCCACGCGGAAAGUACCCAGGUAGGUUCUCACUUAUCGGAACUCGCUCGUACUAACUACAAAAAAGAACAUAUCCAACGAAUUGGAUCCGGCGCCCUACUCGACGCAGUGUGCAUUGGUUUGUUUCCCUCAGCCCGCUGCUUCAUUUUCCCAAGGUGUCCUUUUUUCGAUAGUCUCGAAAAGUAGAAAUGAAUAUAAGUAAUGAAAAUAAAGCGCAGUCUUUUUUUUGCCCUCCCCCUUGCUAUAGCAGAAUACGUAUAAGAAUAUGCAUGUUGACUUUAACUUAUAUCGUUCGCAGCAACUAGCUACGUCAUCAAGAAAUUUUAAACUCCAUUUUUUAACCUCCCUCGUUGACGGGAAUUCCAGCAUUUUCGUCUCCCUUCAGAAAUAACAACGUUAUAGCAGGUAGUAUGGAUUUUCCCCGGCAGAGAUACGCAAAAACUUCUCAUAGCCGAUAGAUUUUUGGAAUCUAUGUUACGAACGCACAAGUGUAUUGGCAGCAUGUGCACUUGUGGUCCAUAAAACCACCCCUAAUGCAGAUCAUGACCUUGUUCGUAAUCUACAAAAGAUGAAAACAAUUACUCAGAAGUUUCUUCAUUUAUUUUGGAGAGGCACAACUACAAUGUCCAUGAAACAAAAAA